AUGCAGGAAGUGGUGAAUGGCUGCAAAUCGGUGGUUUUCACGGGGCACUCCUUGGGAGGUGCCGUAGCUUCCCUCUCGGCCCUUUGGCUCCUUUCCACCCUCCCACCAAACAUCCACGUCCUCUGCUCGUUCUCGCGGGCCAUUCUCCAUGAGAAGUGGGCUGGCCACUUUUUCCAUGUCGUGGCCCAAAACGACUUAGUCCCUUUCGCCCCUUUCAUUGACGAGCUGCGUGUCCUUUUGGAGGGCGGGGCCCACGGGUUCUGGCCUUUUGGGAGCUACAUGUUGUGCACGAGUGAUGGGGCCAUCUGCUUGGACAAUGGGGUGGCUGUCGUGAGGUUGCUCUACUUGAUGAUGGUGGCCAAGGGGAGUUCGACGUGUGUCGGGGAUUAUCUCGAGUAUGAGGCCUAUGUGGGGAGGCUCUGCUGGCACUACCUGCUCAAGAGGCCAUCGGCAGACGUGUCCCUUUCUGAGUCGGCCAGUGAGGCAGGGACUGCACUCGCGUUGCAUUCGAACCAAUCUACGGGGCGGCGAAAAACUGUCUGACAAUGGCGAGACAGGUGGGGUGCAGCCGCAAUCUCAACGCCGCGAAAAUGGCUGUCUUCUUGUCGAAAGUGACUCCCCUGAGAGCCCAAAUCGAGUGGUACAAGGCCUUGUGCGACGAGCACACGGGUUACUACGACUCCUUCAAGCAUAGAGGGGCCUCCAAACGGGGCUUCAAGGUGAACCUGAACCGCAUUCGCCUCUCCAUCUUCUGGGACAACCUCCUAUCCAUGCUCGACUCCAAUAAGCUCACUCACGACUUCCACAAGCUCCCCAAGUACGUUAACGCCUCCCGAUUCUACACUCUUCUCGUUGAGCCACUCGAGAUAGCCGAGUACUACAGAACUGGCAUGCACAAGAAGAAAGGGCACUACAUGGGCUACGGUCGGGAGAAGAGGUUCAAGAUUUUUGAUAGGUGGUGGGCGGAGAGGAAAGUAGGGGACGAGGAGAAUGGGCGGAGGAGCAGGUUCGCGGGCUUGACCCAAGACUCGUGCUUUUGGGCUAAGGUUGAGGAGGCUAGAGAUUAUGUUUGUUGGGUGGAGUCGUCGUGCAGGGGUUUGGAGCUUUUGGGGGAGAUUUGGAUGUUCGAGAGGUAUGCACGGGGGUUGGUCGAGAGGAAGGAGGUGUCGGUGGAUGUGCUGGCUGAAAACUCCAGCUAUAUGAUGUUUGUGGAGGAGUGGGAGGGGCUCAAGUCUCGGUUGAAUAUAUCACCUUCUUCUCGGGACAAUUAGGUUCAGGAAAUUGGUGUGAAUGCUGAGGCAGGCUUUAUAUGGCCUUUGCACGAUGGCAAAAUGGUGUCAUGACUGGGUUUAUACAUAUAUAUAUAUAAUUGCCCCAGUAGACAGGUAAUAUUUACAGACGUGUG